AUGGCGGCCCUCCAGACCUCUCAGCAGGGCAGGCCCCCAAGACCUACUGUCAUUUGUCUGACUUGGAAUGAAGGGCGUUGUGCCUUUCCACUGGGUCAAUGCUGGCAGAAGCAUGCCUGUGCUACUUGUGGGAGCUCCUUGCAUCCGGCAAGGGACUCUAAAGAUACCCCACCAGACUCCAGGCCUGGAUCUCCGUACUCGUACUUUGGCCUUGAUGGGUUUGGUGGGAGGCCGCUAUAUUUAUCAAAAGGACAUGGAGGGUCUCUCAUCGGAAGCAUGUUAUCACUUGCUCCCAUCAGUGAUCCCUCCUCUUCCGGUAGUUUCCCCAUUAAUGUGUCUCUCUUAACUUCUCUUCUGUCAUCGUAUCCUGACCAGCGUUUGGCUGCUUACAUUAUUACUGGAGUCAGGGCUGGUUUCCUGAUUGGUCUGUCGGGUGAUGUUUCUGUCCGUUCUUCCUCUAGGAAUCACCCCUCUUGUCGUAACAUGCCUUCAGUGGUUGGGGAUCAUAUUUCAGCAGAGCAGGCAGUGGGUCGGAUUUGUGGCCCUUGGCCUUGCUCUGCUAGCUUGCAUACUAGCCCUGUGGGCUUGGUCCCUAAGGGUCAUGAUGGUUUGGCCUGGAGGAUGAUGGUGGACCUGUCCUUUCCUAGGGUGAGCAGUGUCAAUGAUGCUAUCCUUUCAGACUUUUGCUCUUUGAGCUUUCCCUCGGUAGAUGAUGCUGUGGACUUUGUGUUAGCUUUAGGCCGUUCGACCCAGAUGGUCAAGCUGGACCUCAAGAACGUUUAUCGUAUCCUGCCAAUCCACCCCGGGGAUAGGCAGUUCUUGGGGAUAUGUUGGGAGGGACGAGUGUUCAUUGAUCACUGUCUUCCAUUCGGGCUUUGUUCGGCUCCUAAGAUCUUUACCGCUUUUGCCGAUGCGUUGGCUUGGAUUCUAUAUCACCAUGGGGUCCAUCAUAUAAUGCACUACCUGGAUGACUUCAUGUUUUUUGGGGCCCCUGGUUCAGGGGAAGCUAGUAGUGCCCUUCGCUUGGCCCUGGGGCUGUUGGCUGACCUGGGUAUCCCAGUUUCACUCCCUAAGCUUGAAGGUCCUAGUACAUCAGUGACCUUUCUGGGUAUUGUAAUUGACUCAGAAAGGAUGGAGUUGAGGUUGCCUCAGGAGAAGGUCAAUCGAGUUAGGGCUAUGGUUUCUCGCUGGCUGGGUAAGAGGUCUUGCCGCCGCUCUGAGCUCGAGUCCCUCCUUGGGCAUCUCUCCCAUGCAGCAGUUGUGGUGCGGCCUGGCAGGAUCUUCCUUCGUCACCUUUUCUCUCUCUUGGCUAAGGUUCAUGUUCGGCAUUAUUUUAUCCACCUGGAUGUGGUGGCUAAAGCGGACCUUGCCUGGUGGGACUGUUUUCUGCAGUCUUGGCAUGGGGCUGCUUUUGUUCUGCCUGGCAAUAGCCCAGUGAUGCAUGUGCAUUCCGAUGCAUCUGGGAGUUUUGGGUGUGGUGCUGUCUCGGCCAAUGGCAGGUGGUUGCAGGUGUCUUGGCCAGACUCUUGGGCCGAUCUGAGUAUUGCUGUCAAGGAGAUGGCUCCGAUUGUCUUAGCAGCAGCAACAUGGGGCCGCUCAUGGCACCGCUGUAAUGUCUUGUUCCACUGCGAUAAUGCUGCUGUGGUGUCAGUCAUUCAGAGACGCUCAGCCAAGGACCCAGUUCUCUUGCAUCUUCUCCGCUGCCUGUAUUUUUAUGCUGCUAGGUUCCAGUUUUCUUACAGUGCUCACCAUUUACCCGGGGUGGCCAAUGUAGCAGCAGAUGCGCUCUCACGGUUCUCCUUCGGUGGUGUCCCAAGAGGUACUCGACCUACUGCUGUGGCAGCGUCCGGAUUGGGGCUCUCAGCCUUGGAUCAGGCAGUUCAAAGCUACUUGUUGACAGCCCUCUCUCCAGGCACUAUCCGGUCUUACCGGACCGCUGUUAGUUGUUAUCUGUCAUUCUGUCAUCGUUUUGGUGUUUGUUCCCCCUUUCCUGUUUCUGAAUCUCUCCUUUCUCUUUUUGUAUCCGACCUGGCAAGUCGGGGUUUGUCUUACGGAUCAAUUCGUGUUUACCUCAGUGGGGUUAGGUUUGCGCAGGUUAUCCAGGGUUUUCCAGAUCUUGCUGUGUCCUCCCUACCUCGGUUGGACUAUGUGCUCAGAGGCAUCCGCAGGUCUGUCCCAAGCCGUUCGCGUCGCCAACGUCUCCCUAUUACUCCUGAAAUCCUCAGGCUCUUGUUCCAAGCUUGGUCUCGUCAGCCUGUCACAUUUGAUGCUGUACUCUUUUGGGCCGCCUGCUGUGUGGGUUUCUUUGGCUUUCUUCGUUCUGGGGAGUUUACUUGCCCCUCGCGGGGGGCUUUCACAGAUUCUAUGCUCUCAUUUGGUGAUGUCUCUGUCGAUUCUCACUCUUCUCCCACUUAUAUCUCGCUCCUCCUUCGUCAAAGUAAAACUGAUGUUUUUGGGGCUGGAGUUCGAAUUUAUUUGGGUCGAGUGGAUGGCCCGAUUUGUCCAGUUAAGUCGUUGUUGUCUUAUCUGGCCAUUAGAGGUUCUCAGUCAGGCCCCUUGUUCCAGUUCAAGGAUGGCAGUCCACUCUCACGGAGAAGGCUUGUUGGCGCUGUGCGUGAGGCUUUGGCUUUGACAGGGUUGGAUGUUAGUCGUUUCAAUGGGCACAGCUUCCGAAUUGGGGCAGCCACCACAGCUGCUGCCUGUGGGAUCGAGGAUUCAUUAAUUCAAACUCUGGGUCGAUGGAAGUCCUCUGCUUUUACUCGAUAUAUACGGACUCCACGGAGCACCUUGGUUCGAGUGUCACAGACUCUCCUUUCUUGCUAA